CAGCCAUAUAGAGCAACUUUAACGGACAAGCCCAGAAAGGCAAAGAACUUUAUCAGAAGAACUGAAGAUGCCUGGAUUACAUAAGAAGCUGAUAUUUGUAGCAGCGGUGACCCUGGCCCUGGUCUCGGCCGUGACGAGGUCAUCCCCGGUGGUGGGGCCUGAGCCCAUUCGUUGUGCCCCCUGCACGCAACAGAAGCUGAACGACUGUCCUGCGAUUCCAGCAGAAUGUAAGCAGGUGCUGAGAGAGCCCGGCUGUGGCUGCUGCAUGGCCUGCGCUUUGGAGAAAGGAGCUUCCUGCGGGGUUCACACGGCCUCCUGUGGCGAGGGUCUCCGCUGCACUCCCAGGCCAGGAGAGGCCAGGCCCCUGCACGCUCUGACCAGAGGACAGGGCGUCUGCGUUGAAGACGAGGGCCAAGCUGCUGAUGGAGUCCCGGACCAUGGCUCCCUGCACUACCUGCUGGGACUGAACGCUCCCUCUGACCACCAAGAAACUGCUGAGGGCCACGAGAGCAUCAAAGCCAAGGUCAAUGCCAUCUUCAGCAAACUGGUACAACAGGGUCCCUGUCAUAUUGAGCUACACGCAGCACUGGACAUGAUAGUCAGCUCUCAGCAGAAACUAGGGGACAAGUUUACAACUUUCUACCUCCCCAACUGUGACAAGCAUGGCUUCUACAAGGCCAAGCAGUGUGAGUCAUCUUUGGUCGGGCCGCCUGCUCGCUGUUGGUGCGUCUCUGCUUGGAAUGGGAAGAAGCUCCCAGGAUCAAGCGACCUCGUCGGAGAUGCAGAGUGCCACCAAGAAGUCACCCACUGAGGGAUGAGCUAACACAUAAUGCUCAAAACAUGUUUAAACACAAGAAAUCCUGCUUUUUAACUCAACUUUAGGUUAAUGUAUAAAUCUUCAGCAAUCUAAUCUGAAGACUGGUAUCAUAAUGGGAAGUAUCUUAAUUUAUUAACAUGAUGAAUGGUACACAACUUUAUUUAUUCUCUACUUGUAUAUUCCGUCUUACAUUAACCAUUUGUCAUUUUUUGCAUUUUUUUUUAAAUAUUUGCCUACUUUUUCAGUUGUAAAUAGGGCAACACUGUAUACAUUGGUGUUUCUGACUAAAUAACUCCAUUGCACAAAACCUCAGGUCUGCAAUCCUGCCAAGCCCAUUUCAGAGUCUUUAGGACCUUUUUUUUCUUUUUCUUCUUCUUCAUUCAUUCAAAACUGGAACUGCGUAUGGGAAGAAACAACACAGCUGCUCAUUCAUUCAACCUGUUGACAUUGUCUGAAUGUAUCUCCAUUUCCUCGAUGGGCAUUUGGGGGAAAUACUUAAAGUGCCACAAGUAUUUACAUGGUGGCUGAGCACAAACAUAUCAGGACUCAUCCAGACCGCCGUGAGGUUUGGGAUGGGUUGGUCAGCAUUUAUCUACCUCUGCUAGUCUCUGCCGUUGCCCUGGUUGAUCAGAGGGCUCUUCUCAGCUUUUUAUCACAUUAUUUGACUUAUUUUUUUUUAUCUAUUCCAGCAGAUAUUCUUUUGUACAUUUGUUUAUGCCUUUGUUUGUUUUAGAGGUCAAGUGUGUUGGACCAGAAUUUUACUGAAGGUUAUGUGCAUGAAAUGCUGCUAUUUAGUUUGUGCUUUUAUUGUGACAGUGUAUAUAUUUUUAUUAUGAAAGUGCAUAAAUAAAAGGUU